AUGGCUGUGUGGGACGUGGUUGUGUGGGUCACUGCUGUGCGGGACUUCAUUGGAUGGUACAUGGCUGUGUGGGACAUGGCAGUGCAGGACAUCCCUGUACAGGACAUCACUGAGAGGGUCAUGGCUGGGCAGGACAUCACUGUGUGGGACAUUGCCGUGUGGGACGUUGCUGUGUGGGUCACUGCUGUGCGGGACAUUCUUGUACGGGACAUUACUGUGUGGGACAUCACUGUGUCAGACGUGACUGUGUGGGUCACUGAUGUGAGGGACAUCCCUGUACAGGACAUUGCUGCGCGGGUCAUGGCUGUGCGGGACAUCAGUGUGUGGGACAUCGCUGUGUUGGACAUGGCCUGUGGGCAGGAAUCAGCAAGGAUCCACCGUGAAGGCAAGGACUUCAAAAUGAGUGUGGGGAAUGAGGGAGAGGGUCUUCUGCCAAGCUACGGGGGAAGGCCUGGCUCCCAGGGGAGCAGUCGCAAGGAGGGGAAAGUGGCCCAGUUCUACCAAAUUGGACCCAGCAGUCUUCUUUUGGGAGCAAUUAGGAUAAAACAGAGGUCUUGACUACUAGUAGUGUUUUAAUACCGCUUUGCAGCUCUUCCCUGCGUCGUGGGGGAGUGGAGUCAUUGGAGUGGCUGUGCAGAACGAUGUCAACCCAAUCUGCGGAUACGUAGGCGCUAUGUACAACAGGAACCUAAAAACGGUGGGGAACCUUGUCCUGCUCUAGAAGAGAAGGCUGGCUGCCUGGAAUACCUGACUUACCAGGGAGAGGACUGCGGCCAUGAACAUGUCCCUGCUUUCAUAACUACCUCUGAAUACAGUAAAGAAAGAAAACGACGAGCAGCAUCUUCUCUCUGGCCUUCAGACAAAGAAGCAGCUGGAUACUGCGUGGAAUUUAAAACAGAAUCACUGUCACACCACUGUGCUUCGGAGCAUCGGCCGUACACUCGAUGGAUGCAGUACCUACGAGAAGGACAUACCGUGUGCGUAGCUUGCCAGCCUCCAGCUAUGAACACUGACACGCAUCGUUGUUCUGGAGAUGGCCAUAAUGCAGAUGGAGGUAAAAUCUUACACUGGGAAGCAGUUGGCAACUCUCAGUGCCAAGGAACCUGGAAGAAGAUUCGGCAACUGGAGAACUGUUCAUGUCCCCUUGUGCAUAGCUUUAUUUUUACGUAAGAGUUUAAAAGACCU